AAGAGGAGGAGGAGGAGGAGGGAGAUAAAAAGUGCCUCUCACAAACACAGGUACUGAUCGAAACCAACAGGAAGACACCAACUAUAUAAUACCCUCCUACCAGUGAGCUGUUGAUAGCAUUUCCGACCUCCAUUACUUCCAUUCUUCUCCUGUCCAUCUUUCUUCCAACUGCUCUGCUUUAGUUACUACCUUCUUUCGACCCCAAGGAAAGGAGAGAAAAAGUGACCGGCCUAUCAAAGCCAUAGCAAGCAAGAAAGAAGAAAGAGAAGUGGUCAAAUAUGAUGAUGGGAAAGGUUGAUGAUUUAGGGCUGAGCCUCAGCCUGAGCUCCUCCUCCUCGUCCCCCCCCAAUAAUCACUUGCCUCUGCAGCUCAACCUCAUGAUUCCUUCCUCGUCUUCUGCUUCCUCCCCCACACCACCUCUUCCUUGCCAUCAGAAGACCCAGUGGCGUGAUCUCCUUGUCCACUCAGAGAUCAGACGGGUGUUGGACGUGUGUGGGGCAGCAGCGGACCCACGGCCGCGGCCCCUUCACCGAGGAAUCGACGUGAAUCAGGAGCCGCCGGGUGCCGCAGAGAGGGACAGCGAGGAGGACGCUGGGGCGUCGUCACCCAACAGCACGCUCUCCAGCGCGAGCGGCAAGCGGGCGGAGCGGGGCCACCACCUGGGCGUCGACGAGCACGACACCGACCGGGACUGCUCGCGCGGGAUCAGCGACGAGGAGGACGGCGAGGGCUCCCGCAAGAAGCUCCGUCUCUCCAAGGACCAGGCCGCCAUUCUCGAAGAGAGCUUCAAAGAACACAACACCCUGAACCCCGUAAGCCGCUUCUAUCCUCUUCCUUCCCCCCAUCCUCUUCGAGUCGUACGACAUCAGGGUGUUCGUAUAGGUGUGAAAAUUGUUCCUAUAAACUCUCCAUGCUUAUCUUGUGCGACAGAAGCAAAAGCUGGCGUUGGCCAAGCGGCUCAACCUGAGGCCAAGACAAGUGGAAGUGUGGUUCCAAAACCGCAGAGCAAGGACAAAGUUGAAGCAGACAGAGGUGGACUGCGAAUUCCUCAAAAGGUGCUGCGAGACCCUCACAGAAGAGAACAGGAGGCUGCAGAAGGAAGUGCAAGAGCUGAGAGCUCUGAAGGUGUCGCCUCGGCUCUACAUGCACAUGACUCCGCCCACCACCCUCAGCAUGUGCCCUUCCUGCGAGCGCGUUUCCAACGCCGCCACCACCACCACCACCGCCGCCUCCACCCCCACGCCCGAGACCAACACGCCACAUCCGAUGUCGCAGCACCAUCAGUUCAUCCAUCAUCGGCCGUUCCCAGCUCCGUGGGCGCCGAUCCCACUCCGGCCCUGUCUCAAGACUCCUCCGCAGCGAUCUUAACUGAGUACACAUGGAUUAGAGCUUAAGUUAAUCAGUAAGGGAAGGAUAGUUGUCGUCAGCGGAUGAUGGAUGACGCAGUUGUGGGAUGGUGGAAGGGAGAAUCCUAUUAGCUAUUUAUUUUUUUUACAGCUAUUAAUCCUCAACUUUCCUCCGCUCCACUCAAAAACUGGUUCUGUGAUAGAUUUGGUUCGAGCAACUUCAUCUUUAUUUUAUUUAA